UGCGAAAGUAAUGUUAGUACGAGCGAGAGUGCGUCUUGAGAACGCGGAGAGCGCCAUCUCGUUUAUGCAACAAGAGCAUUGCAAAACACUAGCAGGACUGCACAAGGAGAUAGAAAACCUAAAGAAGAAAUGUUCGGAAUUGUCGUUUCAUGUGGCGAUGAAGAGUAGUGGCAAGAUGCAUGUGGGUAAUGCUCCUUGUGAACGAGAGGCGAGCCUUGCGCGAGAUCUGGAGAGAGAGCGGCGCGAGAGUGCGCGAUUGAGGGCGGAAUUGAGUGCACACGACGACGAAAUGGCCGUGUUGAAGAAGCGUGUGAAGAUGGUGGAGCAACGCAGCAUGGAGGAGAUGGAGGAAAAGAUGGGGCGCAUUCGUCUGUUGAAUAGUGAACUCGAGGCACGUGCGGAGACAAUAGCACACCUGACUUUGCAACUCCAUCACUUUAGACUGAGAAGUAAACAAAAACAGCAGGGUAGGCAGGGACAGGGAAAGAGUAUUGCUAGAGAUCAUGAACUCGGUGUAGGGACGUCGUCAUCGGAAAGCCUAACUCGAUCUGUAUCCUCCCCGACGCCAAUCUCUAUGUUUGAUAUGCCUCGCCCUCCCUCUGUGCCAAGACAAAAAUCUCAAACUAUUUCACGUGCCUCAACUCCUAAAUGCCAUUCGACUUCUCAGAAGCGUCAGCUGCCUACGUCCCCAGUUACGGACUUGGUUGUCAUCUCAGAACAGAUACCUGUUCUUUCAUGUCCAAGCUCUCACGAUCAAACGCCUCAUGCAAGGGCUGUUAGGCGUGGGAGGCUGUCACAGUCACAGAUACUGCCGAAUGCAGAGGAUUUCUUACACACAACUUGCGUUCAGCCUGUACAGUUUACAGCUAAAGAACCUCCAGCAGUUCUUCCUCCCAUUGGAGUCAGAGACGGAAAGUCCCGACGGAAGGUUCAUAUCAAGCACUUGAAUAGUGAGAGAGAGGAUGUUGGAUCUGAUGUCAGUCAGAUCAUCAAGGAUCGAUCUGUUGGUUCUAAUGGAAGUGGAACCUGGCAGAAAGUGACAUCUAAACAUCCUGGGUCAACAGACUAGACAGAAAAUUAAUAUUGUUACAAACAGAAAUGUAUUUUUGCAUUGGAGUUGUGUGUAAGAACAGAGACUAACCACGGGUGGGAUGAUGUGCUUGUUAACAUCAGUUAUCUUGUGAUGUUUCUCAAAACUUUGUUAAUAAGAGAAACAUUAGAAAGGAGCAUUAAGACAUUCCAAGUCAUCAUUAUCAUCAUUAUUGUACAAAAAAGUAUUUUCGUUUAACUAACAAUUUGUUUGAUGUGUGAUAUAUAU